AUGGUGCAGAAUAUUAAGUUGGAGAGCACAUUCACCAGGGAGCUCCCUGGAGAUCCUGAGACCAAGAAUCAACGCCGGCAGGUACACGAUGCAUUUUAUUCCUUCGUGGCCCCGACGCCGACCAAUUCAGAGCCGAUGACGGUGCUCUACUCUGGUGAUGUAGCGCGCCUUAUUGGGCUUGAUCCUGCAGAGUGUGAGCGGCAAGAGUUCGCUGCCAUAUUCAGCGGGAACGCGCCCUUGCCCAACGGCCCGCGCCCCUGGGCUCAGUGCUACGGCGGCCAUCAGUUUGGGAUGUGGGCGGGGCAGCUUGGGGAUGGGCGUGCCAUCAGCCUUGGAGAAGCUGUGGGCCCAGAUGGCAAAACCUACGAACUGCAGCUGAAGGGGGCAGGAGCGACGCCCUACAGCCGCAUGGCUGACGGCCGCGCAGUUCUGCGCAGUUCUCUGCGCGAGUUUGUGGCGAGCGAGGCGAUGUACGCUCUCGGCAUCCCCACCACCCGCGCGCUCUCCCUCGUCGGCACCGGCGCCAAAGUGCUUCGAGACAUGUUCUAUAACGGUGACGCCAAAUUUGAGCCGGGCGCAGUGGUCUGCCGGGUCUCGCCGUCCUUCGUUCGCUUCGGCACGUUCCAGCUACCGGCCAUGCGAGGAGGCGAUCAGUUACCGCUCAUUGCCCCUCUCGCAGACUACAUCAUCCGGCAUCACUACCCGCACCUAGAAGGUGCAGGUUUUUCAAGGAAUGGGUAUUCUGACAGAAUGAAACUGCUGAGCUUGUCUGGUGCAGGGCGGGAGGACCGCUACGUGGCAUUCUUGGGAGAGGUGGUGUCGCGCACGGCAAACCUAUUGGCGUCGUGGCAGAGUGUUGGAUUCGUGCACGGCGUGGGCAACACGGACAACUUCAGCAUUCUGGGCGAGACUAUUGAUUAUGGGCCGUAUGGGUUCCUGGAGCGAUUUGACCCAAACUUCACGCCUAACACAACGGAUCUGGACGGCCGCCGGUACACAUAUCGCGCGCAGCCGGGGAUCGGCCAUUGGAAUUGCGCGCAGCUUGCCAACGCCUUCAUGACCGCUGGCCUGCUUGAUCUGGAAAAGGCGCAGCCCAUUGUGGACUCUUAUGCGGACAUCAUGAUGGAGGCCUACACAGGCCGCAUGGCUCGGAAGAUGGGGCUGACCAAGUAUGACAGGGAGUUGGCGGUGGGCUUAGUCACCCUAAUGUACGAGGACAAGGCCGACUUUACUAAUACCUUCCGCGCGCUCGCGUCUGUCUCCGACGGCGAUGCCCCUGGCAGCAUCCCCGCGCCGCUAGAAGAGGCGCUGGAGGAUUUGAGCGAGGAGCGGCGAUCGGCGUGGGGCAAAUGGCUGGAUGGGCUGAGGGCUGCCCACCGGGCAGAGGGCAGGCCCGAGGCUGCCCGGCGGGCAGACCAGGACGACGUCAACCCCUGCUACGUGCCUCGCAAUCAGCUGAUGCAGAUUGCCAUCGCGCGCGCCGAGGCCGGUGACUACGACGAGCUGAAGGCUCUGAUGAAGGUGCUGGAGAGGCCUUAUGAGGAGCAGCCGGGCGCGGAGAGGUUCAAAGUGACACCGCCAAAGGAAAUCCGCAUGGGGGUUGAGCUGCUGUCCUGCUCGUCUUGAGGGCGCGGAGAGGUUCAAAGUGACACCGCCAAAGGAAAUCCACGUGGGGGUUGAGCUGCUGUCCUGCUCGUCUUGAGACCAAGUGGAUCAAGCUUCUGACUCGCUCAAUACAGCGAGGGUGUAUGGCAUAUCAAGAGCACUCAAUGCCGGCAGCUGCUAUGUGAAGCCUGUGCUUCUAGAUACGUGAAUCUGCAGCCAGCAAUAAGCCCAGCCGCUUCAGAGUUACUUGGUCCAGCAGGAUUCGGGGGAGUUGGUUAAUUCAAACAUGUUGUGCAGGCCUCUGUGCUCGAGUGCCUUUGGGUGAGCUAACAUGUGACAGUUGCAAUAUGAGAGUUAGCUGAAGAUGUCAGCCUGAGAUGUUGCCAGACGGUGCUGGGUCCAAGCAAUGUUGGAAGGGACAUGCGGCAAUCUGACAGUACUGUUGAUGUAUGGAUGCAAACGAUAGUUGACCAGUUGCUACCAAGACAGCCUCCUUCGAUUCAAUAAACCUCAAGAGGUUACACUGGCUUCCAAAAACAGAUGCUGUAAUUUGACACGGCU